CAGUAGGAGAGAUAGGUGUCAUCAGAACUUACGGAGCUCGCUUGUCUGCUGCGUCAUGAGUUUGUUUUUGAGGUGGGGGCUUCUUUUGCAGAUGAUGUUUGUUCCGUUUUUCUAGGACCAUGCAGUUUCGACCAUUGUUCAAAGGAAACUGUUGAAGCCGCUUUCGCUAGCAGACUACACAAGGGAGGCAAUUCCAAGCGCCAGUACCAACAACUCGACUCCCCUCGAAGUCGCUUUUUUAGAAUAUUUAAAGCUGCUCCGAACAUCUAAAAGCUGCCCUAACAAUCAUCGUGUAAUUUUACAGGGGUAAAGGGUUGGCACAUUUCAGUAAAACCUGUGGCAAAACAAUUGGCUUUUGUCCACAAGCGCUGGAACUCGGAAUUGUAGCUCGCCAGUACUUGCUUUCAUGAAGAUUAUGCAGCAAUUAGCUCUGUAUUUGCAACUGCUGGCAUACCUGGCAGUUGUCAGUUGCUUGGAUAGUGAUCCAAAUGGAUACAUUGUAUACUGUCCCUGCAUGGGUAGGUUUGGAAAUCAAGCAGACCAGUUUUUGGGGUCGUUAGGAUUCUCACGUGCUCUGAAUCGAACUCUGGUCCUUCCAGCAUGGGUAGAGUAUCAUCGACAUCAAAUAAAUUCAGUUCAAGUUCCUUUUGAUACUUAUUUCCAAGUAGAACCACUCAGGGCAUAUCACCGUGUCAUCACAAUGGAAACAUUUAUGAAGAAGUUGUCUCCCACAGUAUGGCCUCCUGGCAGCAGAACAGCUUUCUGCUACUCAUCUAGACAGUCAACAGAGAAGACAGGGGAAGGGUGUCAUGCAAAGGAAGGGAACCCAUUUGGGCCAUUCUGGGACACCUACAACAUUGAUUUUGACAAGUCAGAAUUUUUUGGUCCCCUUUACUAUGCAACUGAAAGCCCUCAGCAAAUUCGAGCUUGGACUGAAAAAUACACACCUGCCGAGUUCCCUGUCCUGGCAUUCACUGGACCGCCAGCUCCUUUUCCAGUUCAGAAGCAGCAUGUCAGGCUACAGCAGUAUCUUAAAUGGUCAGACAAAAUGGCUGCUGCUGUGCAAGAAUUCAUUGUCAAGCACAUACCAGGUCCUUUCCUGGGACUACAUCUUAGAAAUGGAAUUGACUUUAAAAAUGCUUGCGAGCACAUAAAGACAACCCCAGCCAUGUUUGCAGCUGCUCAGUGUGUUGGCUACCGCAGUGAGUUUGGUACAACCACAUAUCAAAUGUGUUACCCAGAUGAUAAAACAGUGGUGAAACAGGUCAAGAAGGAAGUCAAACGAACUGGUGCCCAUUCAGUUUUUGUUGCCACAGAUAACAGAGAUUUGAUUGAUAUGUUCAGCAAAGAAAUCAAAAAGGUCAAGUUUGUUCGCCAGCCCCACCCAGCAGAUCCCAUGCUGGAUUUAGCCAUUCUAGGCCAGGCAGACCACUUCAUUGGAAACUGCAUUUCAACAUUUACUGCCUUUGUCAAACGAGAGAGAGAUGCCUCAGGCAAGACCUCUUCUUUCUGGGCAUUCACACCUAAAUCAGCCAAAGAUGAACUAUGAUUGUCCAGGGGUCAGGCUUCUAUAUUGGCAUGUUUUCAAAGUGAUGCUGCAUUCUAGAGGAAACUUCACAUAUCUUGCAAGACUAUACAAAUACAUCCAGGUUACUUAAAAAAAGAUUAGUGACCUAGACUCAUUCAGGAACUGACAAGCAUACUGUGUGCACUCUUGCACUUGCCUGUGCGCUUGCUCAAAUUUUAUUUCUGCACAGAUCAUACUUUUAGGAAUCAUUUCUAGAGGUUGUUCUGUCUAGAAGUCAGGUAACAUUUUUUUUUUUGAAGAGUCAACCUUGAGAGAUUCUGGGCAUUUUUUUCGAGAUGUUAAGUGUUGAGCUUAAGGAAUAUUUGGAAAUCAUUUUUAAUCUCAUUUCAUCAGAACACAGGUCAGAUAAAGACACUAGCAUACUGAUAAUGUAAUCACAGGAUACCUCCAGCUCAAGGCAGAAUACCAGUUUAUAGGUCGGCAGACAGUAUGCAUUAAAUCUUUUCAGCUUAAUUCAACAGUUGUCAAAAAAAGCACAGACGCUUGGCGGCUGGGCAAGAAAUUUUCAGCUGCAGACUUAAAGUGUUCGUAUCUAGCUGGUGCUAAGAACAAAUGUUUCUUCCUACAAAAACUCUGAGGAUUAUCAAAUAAUGACAUGCUGCAAAAGCUGCUUUUUUUUUUUUUUUUUAAAUUGGGCAGAUGGUAUUUACAUCAUUAAACUUAUUGUGAGGGUUUUUUUCUUCCACUUUUCCAUUAUUAAACCAUAAUGGAUAAGCCUUCGUCACUAUAUGCACUUAAAGCAAAAUAUGCCUUUAAACCCUUUUUUUACAAAUCUGAAUAGUGCACUUUCUUGGGAAGUUUUAAACAUUUUGCUGUAUUCUUGUAUUAAAAUAUUUUGUCACAAUGUAAAACCAUUGGAAAAUAAAGUGCCACUUCAUCCCACUCACCAACCACACCCCCAACCAUCCCUUUGUGACACCCAUCAAUAAUAUGGAGACAUCCAAAUUUUGUGUGUGACUUAGAAAGUGUGUUAUAGAGACAACUGAGAUUCCUAGGAAAGCCUUACACCUCGAUCUUUUUUGUUUUUUUCUGUUGUAAGAAGUGCAGCAGUCUAGCACUAGUACUUUUCAGUUUAUGGCAAAACGUAGCUGAAAAGAAGUGUUUAGUCUCUGCUUUACCAUUCCUGACAUAUAUGCAUGUUUUAACUAGAAGAAUUAAUGUAAAAUUAAAUUGCAUUGCUCAUGGUGCACAUAUCAACAUGUACACUGUUGUGUAUUAUGUCCCUUUCUUGCAAGUCAUCAACCCCAGUGUAAAAAUCUGUGAUGCAUGGAGAAGGGAUGAAUCAAUGAAGCAACACUUCAGUAAUCUGCUACUCCAGCAACACCACCACCCACCCCAACUGACUCAAAACAUUUUUGCUGACAGUAAAAAAUGAUCUGUAAAUUUGCACAAAAAUCUUUACAGCGUUGUCUUUGUUAUAGUGAGGAGAUAAAAAGAAACUGUUAGUGAUUUUUAACUAGGGUAAGUGGGGACAGUCAUCUUUCAAAUAGACUAACUGGGCAUUGUGGCUCCACGUUCCGUCUCAUUUUAAAGAUGUGCUUAGUGUUCAGGCCCAGUUGCACAUAUUUCUAAUUUUAAACCCUUUUAGGCUUUAUAUCAAUUUAGAUAAUUCUCUAGACUAGUCUUAUAGAAAUGCAGAGCACAACACAAUGGAAGAUGGAACUGCUGGAGCCAGACUUUCGUUCCUGUCAGUACAUUUUUCAUAUGCAUUUGUGCAAAUAUCUAAAUGGCAUAGGAGCAAUUCUUGAAAAAUAUUUCUACACUUGCUUUUUUAAAACAGUUUUUAAGUUUUAGAAAUAUGUGCAACUAUCCCCUGGCCUUUGAAAUUUUGCUCUUCCUGGCUUCAACCAUGCUUUUAUAUGAACAUCUGUUAGGUCCCUUAAUAUGUGGGAUGGCUAUAUAUGUAUCACUUAAGCAUAUCUUCAUUCCUUUUAUACAUUCGCUUAUUUGAUAUUAACAUCUUUUAAAAGGUCUGGUGUUUCUAUUUUUGCUUGUUUUAUUGGCCUCUUCACUCUAUUUGAUGAUAUGAAAUACACAUUUCUUUUGUACACUGACUGUGCAUGUUAAUACUCAUAUUGAUCUAAAUAUAGAAUUGUCGCCUCAGGGCAAUUUUAUUUUCAUCUCAAUUCAGCUGAGCAAGCAAAGCUGCCUUGUGAAAAAAGCUGAAGCUUUAUGCUGCAAACAGUCCUAAUGCUCUUGUCAAUUAGCAUCAACUUAUUUCAACCUUUAUCUUUUUAUUUUUGAAAUGAUGGCAUAUCAGCUUUCCGACCAAAUUAUUUUUGGCCAGUUUAAUUUCAUUUAUGAAAAAAACUGCUUUCAAAAAUGCUGUUGAAUGUUUGUUACUGGACUAUAUUUUGAUGCGCAUCAUUGUUCAAAAGUCAUUUAGGACAAUCUUCUUCUGGUUCAUGUUGAAAAUUGCAUCACUUUGGAUCCCAGUGUUUUUAAGCAAUACAGUCAUGGCUUACUUUUGAAAUGUUUCUGUUGUACUCUGCUGUUUAGCCUUGUCUUUACAAUUUUAUGCAUGGCAUGUUUAACACAUGCUGGUUUUUGUAACGUUUAAUGAAAGGAUUGGUCAGUAGCAUUUGUCAUAUUCCAAAACAAAUGCAAACUACAUGCAAUCUUCUUGUUCCUAUUCGCCCCCAGUGAAGCAUAGGGCUGCAAAACUAUAUGCAAUGAGGGAAUGAAAAUAUUUUGAAAUGGCAUAAUAAAUGCUUUUGCUGCUU